AUGAAUAAAGAAUAGGAUUCUGCUAAUUCAUCAGUAGAUAGUGUUGAAAUGAGAUAAAUUAGUGAUCAACAAUUAGAACAUGUUAAUAAUGGUGUUUAAUUGCAAACAGCUAAAUAGAAAGCAAUGACAAUAUCAUUAAUAAGUAUAUUUUCUGAUUGAAUUACGAAUAGGAAAUAAGAAAUAAGUAGAGGAUAUUUAUGAAUAUUACAAGAGUAAUGAGAUAUAGCCUGAAGAAAAAUUGAAAUUAUUACAAAAAGUAUACAAUGACGAUGUAGUUGAACAUAGUGCUGAUUCCAAGGAAGUUAAAUAAGCUGAAAUGACUUUGCCUGGAUUUUAUAGAAUAUGUAAAUGAAAUGCAAUAUAUAAUUAGUUCAUGAAACAAUUCCAAUAUUAUAUCCAAAUACAUCAGGUAUAAUAUUUUGGAAGGCAUGGGUUGGAAUUAUAAUUUUGUUUUUUUUUUAUGAAAUACCAAUCUAUAUUUCAUUUGAUAAAGAAGUUUGGGAUGUAAAGAUUGAUAUAAUUUUAGUUUAUACCUGAAUGGGCUAAGAUCUUAAUUGCUGUAUUGGCUGUUGUGACAUUUUCAAUAGAUAUGUGCAUAGAAUUUCAUAUGGCUUACUAUUCACAUGGAAAUCUAAUAAUUGAUAGAGCUAAGAUAGCUCAUAGAUAUUUAUAAUCAAGGUUUUUAUUUGAUUUGAUUGCAACUUCAGCCUUAUUAAUUAGAUCAAUUAUGUAGACCUAUAAUGAGAGAUGGUUGUAUCUCUUUUUCUAUUUGAAAUAUCCAUCAUUAACUAGAAUAUCAUUUUAAUUUGGUGAGAUAGUAAUGUUACACAGAAGAGUAAGAACAAUAUAUUAAAUUGCUAAAGUGCUAGCAGUUUUAUAAUUUGUUUUUAUUGUAUAUGCAUGUAUUUGGUAUUUGGCAUGUUUAUAUGCAACAAAUAAUGGAUACAAUUCUUGGUUGACUCAUGAAGGUAAUUUUGGUGCUAUUAGUGAACUGACUUAGAUUUAAAAAUUCUUCUACUCUUAUUAUUUCAGUGUGGGUACAACAACAACAACAAUGGGAUAUGGAGACAUGUAACCACUUAAUACUUUUGAAGUGUUGGUUGGUAUGGGAGGUAUAUUAUUUGCAGUUUUAAUAUUUGCUGUGAUGGUCAAUAUCAUAUUUAAAAUAUUGGAAGAAUAUGCUAUAUAUGAUAUCAAACGAUAUUAACAAAGGUUAAUAAUUAAUAGAUACAUGAUGGUAAAAGAUGUACCAUAACAACUCAGAGAACGUGUUAGAUAAUAUUUGAAUGAACAUUGGUAUUAAGAAGGUAAUAGGGAUAUUUAAGGAGAAUAAGAGAUUAUAGGUGAAUUAGCACCAGAAUUAAAAGCUGAAUUGUAAUUAGCUAGUUGUGGGAAGAUACUUCUAUAAAUACCAUUAUUUUGUACAAAUUUUUCAAGAGGAUUUCUUAGAGAAUUAUCAUCUACCAUAUAAGAAAUGAAUUAUGCAGAAUAUGAAAUUAUAUUCUUAGGAGAGGAUCCUUAAAUUUUGGAUGAUCAAUCAAUAUAUUUCAUCAAUUUAGGAUAAAUAGCCAUAUUCCCUAAUAAUUUUAAUAAAUAAUUAUUAUUAAAGAAGUUGGGAAAGGGAGAAUACUUUGGAGAAUACUCAUUUCUUACUGGAUUUGAGAGAAAAGCAUCAGCUUAGGCUCUAUAAUAUAGUUAAUUAUACAAGAUAAGUAGAGAGGAUUUCUUAUGUACACUGGCUAAAUUUAAUGAAGAUUAUGAGAAGUAUUGGAUGAUUUUAGAUAAAAUUGAAUUUUAAAAGGAUUUUUCAGCUAUAGGAUAAUGUUAUACAUGCUAAUCUACAGCUCAUUAUAGUACUGAAUGUGAAGUGACUCAUUUGGUAGUGGAUGUGAAUAAAUUAAUUGUGUAUAAUCAAGAUAAAUAGGAUAGAAAGAAAUUCAAAAGGAAAGAGAAGAAGAAAUGGUAGACUUUUGUAAGAAUUGAAUGUUUUAAGAGAGAGGAAUUGAAUAAUAUAUAAAUAGGAUUUAAGUAGGAAAUGGAGGAGAAGUUGAAAGAAAUUGAUGAAGUAUAGGAACAUUUAGAUGAUGAUGAAUUUAAGAAGUUUUAGAAUAUUUUAAAAACUAAUUUUGAUACUUAUACAAAUUAAUAUGAAGUGAAGGAAGGUCUAUAAGGUAUGGAUUAGGCAUUUUAAUUUACUAAUUAUUUCACUGAAAAUAAUUAUGCAAAUCAAACUGAAUUUAUCAAUACCCAAGUUCAGAUGAAGUAACCAACUCGUUUGUCCAUCAUUCGUAGUAAAUAAGUAUCAUAAUAGAGAAGUAGAUAAUCAUCUGUAUAAUAGUGAUAUUAUUUUAAUUUAAUUUAUUUGUAAUUAUAACAUAGUUGGUAAAUACAAAUUUAAAUUUAUUAUUUAACAAUCUAUGAAAUUGGUUUGUCGUUUGAGGCCAUAACCAAACAAUACUUCAACCAGCAGUAUCAAUUCUAGAAAAGAAGUAAGAACUAACAUCUUUGCAGGUGUCUUAUCUAAUGAAUGUAUUUACAAACAAUUAUCAUAUAGCUCCUUAGACACUUGUGGUUAGUUCUAGAAAUGCUAUAUCUCAAAAGAUCAUUUAAGAGUAUCUAAAGAGUGAUUCUGAUAUUAUGAAAUAGCGUUAAUCAAUUAUUGAAAAUGCAGAUCUCUUCCAAUUUGAUUAAGUUUUUGGAGAAAAGGCCAACUAACAAUUAAUAUAUGAUUAAAUAAUGGCGAGUAAGGUUAAUGGAUUGGUUUUGGGAAAUUCAAGUACCUUACUUGUUGUUGGAGGACCUGAAAGUGGAAAGAAAUAUACUUUGAAAGGGGAAGACAAAGGCUAAGAGAAAGGAUUAGCUCUUUUGGUUGUUGAAAACACUUUAAAUCUAAUAGAAGGAUCUAAGUAACUUAAAGGUAAAGGAAAACUAUUUUGCUCAAUUUCUUUAGUUAAUAAUGUUGAAACAGUAGAUAUGAUAGGAUCUACUAGAAGUUAAACAAUCAAAAGUAGUUGGAUAAAAAGUGGUAAUGAAUUUAAAAAGAUGUUCAAUUAAAGUUUAUUUUAAUAUAAAUAAUAUGUGAAAGAACAUCCUGAAACAAAAAAUAAUCAUUUAUUUGUUAAAUUUGUGAUUUAAUAAGACAAAUAGGAGAUAUCUUAAUUACAUUUAAUUCUUUUGAAUGAAUUCAGAAGAGUUACCCAAGAGGCCAAAGACUUUUAAGCAAAAUUAAAAUAAUUAUUAAUCUAAUAGUAAGAUAUAUAAGAAAGAGAACUGGAUACAAAAACACUUUAAUAAUUAUAUCUAGCAUUAAGAGAGAUCAAAUUUAAUAAUAUUACAGCACUUUUUUGUGUAUCUUAAGUAUAAUAGGAUCAUAUUACUGCUUAUAUGACUUUACAAUUUGCAGAGGAAUUAAGAUAAUCAGCAAAGGGAUAGUAGAGUUAAAGAAUUGCCUUGUCCUAAAUUGAGAAUUAGUCUAGGGCAUAAUUAGGUAGAGAUUAUGGUCUAUAGUAAUAAUAAGUCACACCAAAGUUAUCUGUUAUUGAUGAAUAACAAUCUCGAAUUAUUAAACCUGGAUCUGAUCAAUUAAACUAUUCAAAGUGUUAAAGUAUGAUAGAAAGACAACCUAGUAGAUUGGAAGCUAAUUGUUCUAAAUAAUUUCAAGAGAUAAAGGAAUUACUUAAGGAGAAGGAUGAUUAUAAGUAUUUUGAUAAUUUAGAUUGUUAGAGUUUUGAGGUUCGAAAAAGAGUUAAAAAAUUUGUAUGAUGAGAAUACAAGAUUAUAAAGUAAAGUUUAUCAAUUGGAAGAUUCAUUAAAACAUAGGGAUUUGUUGAUUUAAUAAUUGGAAAAUCAUAUUGAUGAAAAUAGAAGAUAAAUGGAAUUAGACAAUAAUUAAAUAUCAUUAAAAAAAUAGAAAGAUAAUGUAGUAGGAGAAUAGAAUUAAACACUUACUUAAUUAAAUUUAUAAUUGGUACAUAGUAAUGAAGAGUGUGAAUUAUUGAAGUAGAAAGUGAGAAUGUUAGAAAAUGAAAUUGAGAUGAUGAAGGAUUAAGAAUUUACAAAUAUCAAACAUUAUGAGAAGAGAGAGGAUGAAUUUAUGGGUUUAAUAUAAUAGGAAUAAGAAAGGAAUAAGUAAUUAUAUUAAGAAUUGGAUUAUUUUGCAGUAGAAUUAAAGAGUAGAGAACAAUAAUUAUAGGCAACUGAAGAUAAUGUAAAAACAUUAAAUAAGGUGAUUGAAGAAUAAUGUAAAAGAGUAGAUGAUGAGAAAUAAAAGAGUAAGGAGUUAAAUGAAUGUAUCAAUAGUUUAAAGUAGAAACAAGAAGAAUACAUAAAAGAAUGUAAUUAGACAGAAUAGAGAUUUACAAAAUUGAAGGUUAGAUUGGAUACAGAAAAUGCUUAAUUAAAGGCUGAGAAGGAUAAGUAUCAUAAAUAAUACAAGGAUAAGUUGAAGAAAUAUAAGAUGGCUAUGAAAUUGUUGGAGUAGGAAAAUAGUUAGAUGAAAAUGGAUAGAGUUAAAUUAUAAACAGAAAAUGAUUAAUUAUAUGGGAUAUCUAAAUAGUUGGAGAGUUAAUUAGGUAGAGUACAUAGUGAGAGUACAGAAAGGAAUGGGGGAAGAUAGGAUCAUUAUGAAUAGGAUAAGAUAAGAUAAUAGAAUCUACAAUUAAAUAGUUAAUUGAAACAAGCUGAUUAUGAAGUAAAUAUAAUCUAAUAAUUUAGAUUUAACAUUUAUCUUUGGAGUUGAAUAAUGCAAUUUAAGAAUUGGAGAGAGUCAGUGCAGAGUAUAAUGGACUUCAGAAGGAGAAUAAAAGAUUAUAAUAAUAGGUAGAAGAGAAACAAUCAGAAGCUAAGUAGAAUGAAUUUAUGAUUGAGAAAGUUGUUUAAUUAAGUGAUAAAUAAUUAGAUGAUUUGGAAGGGAAAUUUAAUAAAUUAACAGCUUAGGUUAAUGGUUUAUAACAUGAGAAAAAGUCAUUGAUUAUUGAAAAUUAGAAUUUGAAAUAGUAAUUAGAAUAAUUAGAGGGAAAUGAUAUUGUUUUAGAGAAGAGAAUUAUGAAGUUAAAGAAGGAGAAUAAAGAUCUUAGCAAUUAGAUUACAUAAUUGAAUUCAAAUAUGAAGGAGAUAAUAGUGGAAAAACAUGGAGAAAUGAGAAAUCCUUCAUACAAUAGAUUAUAAUAAUAAUAAUUGUAGAAUCAAUCUUAUAGAUCUUAAAGAUUAAUUGAUAAUGAUGAUGAUAGUGAUAGUGAUAUUUGA